AUGCGUUUGGGUGUAGUCGUUCCAGACUUCUCUGCUGUCACCACCAAAGGACCUAUAAAAUUCUACGAAUGGGUCGGUGAAUCAUGGUGCGUUUUGUUUUCUCAUCCAUCUGAUUUCACACCGGUCUGCACCACUGAGUUGGGCAAGAUGGCAGUGUUGGUCGAUGAAUUCACAAAACGCAAUGUAAAAGUCUUAGGUUUGUCCUGUGAUAAGUUGGAAAGCCACGUCGAUUGGAUUAAUGACAUCAAAUCAUAUUGUCUGGACAUCAAGGGAGAAUUCCCAUAUCCCAUUAUUAGUGACAGCACUCGAGACUUAGCUGUACAAUUAGAUAUGAUCUCUGAAGAAGACAAGGACAAUGUUGAGUUGGCGUUGACCAUUCGAUCUCUUUACAUUAUUGGACCWGACAAGAAGGUUAAGCUCAUGAUGGUUUACCCAACUAGCACCGGUCGUAAUAUUCAAGAAAUUUUACGUUGCAUUGAUUCACUUCAGUUGUGUGAUAGAAAAAAUACUAUUGCUACACCUGCAAAUUGGGUGCCCGGUGAAAAAGUUAUGAUCCUGCCAACAGUUAAAGAUGAAGACCUCGAUACUCUCUUUCCAAAUGGUUAUGAAAAACGCUCCAUGCCUUCUUCAGUUGAUUACUUGAGAACAACUACCGAUUAUUAAAAUACAUCAUUUUUUGAGUCUGUUAUUCACAUUUAUUGAAAAGGGAUUUAUAUUUUUUUAAUUAAUUAUAAUUUGUUGAAAUUAUAGUUUAUAAUAUUAAGUGAUCGAAUUUACAAUUGCAUUAUUAAUUAAUAAUUACAGAUAAUGACAUAUCAACACAGUUUAUUUUCAGAUAUUGUAUGUAUUUGUAUUAUAAUUAAGACUAAAAUCAAAAACUAAUCUCACAAAUUGUUAUA